CUAAAUUAUUUAUCAAGCAUUGCAUUGUCAUUCUCCAAGAAGUAAAAUGGCUUACUCAAAUUCUUAUAUGCUUUUUCUUCUUGGUGUUUCUGUUAUUCUCUCUUCUCAAGUUUUAGCUUAUAAUGGACCCUCUGAGUCAUCUCUUAAUUAUGGUGAGGAACUGGAUGAGCAAAAGGGCCUAGAUUAUGUGAAUGCUCCAAAAAUGUAUGAAGAACUUGAAGCCAAAAAGGACAUGGACUACGUGAAGGCUCCAAAAAUUGUAUCCUCUGAAAUGCCGCUUGAGGACUCUACUUAUGUUGCUUAUGAAAUGCCUCUUGAGCACACUUCUUCUUCUGACAUUAAUGAUGGGGGCUUGGAUUACAUCAAGGUACCACGAAAUGAUGAAAUGAUUGAAGAACAUAAUGAAGACGUGGAUUAUGUGAAGGCUCCAAAAUCUGUUGCUUAUGAAAUGCCUCUUCAGCACACUAGUUAUUCUGAUAUUAAUGAUGAAAAAUUUGAUGACCAAAAGGUUUUGGAUUUUGUAAAAUCUCCAAAAACUGCUGUUUAUGAAAUGCCGCCUAAAACUCCCGCUUCCCUCAAAAUUAAUGCUAAUUUAGACGAGACAUUGAAUGACCAAAAGGGCAUGAAUUCUAUGAAGGCUAAAGAAAUUGAUGAGAAACAUGAUGAUCAAAAGGGUAUGGAUUCUAUGAAGGCUUCAAAAAUUGACGGGGAACUUGAUGACCAAAAGAGCAUGGAUUUUACAAAGACUCCAAAAAUUGAUGAAAAAUUUGAUGAACAAAUGAGCAUGGAUUCCAAGAAGGCUUCAAAUAUUGACGAGAAACUUGAUGACCAAAAUGAUAUGGAUUUCAUGAAGGCUCCAAAAAUUGAUGAGAAACUUGAUGACCAAAAGGGUGUGAAUUCCAUAUAUGCUGCAAAAAUUGACGAGAAACUUGAUGACCAAAAGAGCACAUAUUCUAUGAUGACUCCCAAAAAUGAUGAAAAUUUUGAUGAACAAAUGAGCAUGGAUUCCAUGAAGGCUCCAAAAAUUGAUGGGAAAUUUGAUGACCAAAAGGACGUGGAUUCCAUUAAGACUUCAAAAAUUGACGAAAAACUUGAUCAUCAAAAAGAAAUGGAUUCCACGAAGACUUCAAAAAUUGACGAGAAAAUUGAUGACCAAAAGGACGUGGAUUCACAAAAAGCUUCAAAAAUUGAUGAGACAUUGAAUGGCCAAAAGGGUGUUGAUUGGAUAAGUUUCCAUGCAAAAUAUCCUUGGAUAAAAAAGGAUAGUCUUACAACUGGGAGCCGAAAAUUACUACUAAAUCAUAUUGCCAAUGAUCAGAGUGCAUAGAGGUGUUAGCAUGAUGAAGAGUAAUGAUGAAACCUAAAAAUCACUACUGAAGUUUAGUGAUGAGAAAAUAAAGUUGUUUUAAGUUGAGUAGACCUUAUGCAAAUUAAACAAAAGUUAUAAUUAAGUUAUAUUUGUAAUAAUAAUUAUGUUGUGGACUCGUUUGUUUAUUAAGUUUAUUAUGCGUAUUUGUUGAAA